AUGGAUUCCAAAAACCAGGCCGAGGUACAUUUGGAACCCUUCUUAAUACGCGACAUUGAAACAUCGAGAGUGCGAAGGGAACGACCAAAAUGGAGAUUGGCACUAUUCCUAUUCGUCGGCUUGACCUCCGUCGUCCUUCUCAUCAACAGUAUCUUCCUGAUAUCGGCUGUCGCUACCAGAGGGACGAAUAAUGGAAAAGGCGUGCUGUACGAAGCCUCUUGCAGCAGGACCCGGAAAGCUAAUAUCGGGAUCCAUUUACUUAUCAACAUUCUAAGCUCCCUACUCCUUGGUGCCAGCAACUACUGCAUGCAAUGUCUGUCUGCCCCCUCGCGACCCGAAGUAGACGCCGCGCAUAGCAAACGAAAGUUCCUUGAUAUCGGCGUUCCGAGCCUUCAUAACAUCACCUCUUCCGCGUUCAGUUCCCGGAAGAAGAUGUGUUGGUGGAUUUUGGCGCUCUCGUCAUUUCCACUACAUCUCUGCUACAACUCGGUCGUCUUCGCAUCUAUAACGGCUCAGACGUAUGGCGUCUUCCAGUUCAACGCAACAACUAAGGCAGCUAUCGAGGACGGUUCAUAUGUCCCGAAGCGCUUGGUGUCAUUUCAGUACACAUCCGCGGAAUUGUACUCUACCGCCAUCAAAGAAAGACGCCUAGAGGAACUCGACCCCCUAGCAUGCAUCAACGCUUACAGCGCGCCAUUUCAGUCAGACCGAGGAAAUGUAUUCCUGAUUCCAGAGGAUGGGGCUGAAGUCAGAGAGGUUCAAUUUGACUACCCAAAGAUCUCGCGCAGUGGUAACUGUGCCACUGAGAUGUCAACGGAGUGGAUAUAUUCGCAAUUCCGAGGCGAAGCACGGAGUUCUUGCUUCGCACAGGAUUCACAUGUCUGGUUGCCGCGACUGCAAGCCAAUGCGUCGGACUGGAAACCUAUGGGGACCCCAAUUGCCAAAUGCUUGAGUGAGCCAGUCACGCAGCAGUGCAAGCUAAACUUUAGUAUCCAUCUGGCUGUCACCGUUAUUAUUUUCAACCUUUUGAAACUGGUCACAAUCUUGACGAGUAUCUUUGCACUCAACGACAAUCCGAUGCUUACCAUUGGAGACGCUGCGUCUUCCUUCCUUCACGAACCCGAUACCGCAACUGCCGCUAUGUGUCUUGUGUCUCAGAAGGAGAUCCAUCAGUCUAAACACUUCUGGAACGAGAGCCAGCCAGCGAGGACAUACACCGGUAUCUCACACCGUUGGUUCACUUCCGUCAAACGUGGCAAGCUCAUUACAUGUUGCAUUGCCUUAACCACAGGCGCCGUAGUGCUCGCCGCUCUCUUUGGCUGGGGCUACGCUUCUAUUGAGGGCACGAAAGACAUCCGCAGCGUGCUUAGAAUCAGUCUCGGCUCCCUCGACUCGCGGACAAUAAUACAGAGCGGAACGAGCUCAGAAGGCGUGUCAGGCAUUUUCGCAAACGUGUCCCUAGCCAACAGCCCCCAAGUCAUCAUCUCGCUCAUCUACUUUUCCUACAACGCGACCAUCACAUCUAUGCUCCUAGCGCACGAAUGGUCCGACUUCUUCAUACGCCACAAAAGCCUCCGCGUAUCCGCCAGCCGCGUCGGCGAGCAGCGUAGCAAGUAUUUCCUCCAACUCCCGUAUCGCUACGCGGUACCUUUGCUCUGCGUCUCAAUACUGCUGCACUGGCUGGCCUCGCAAAGCAUCUUCGUCGUGUCGGUGGAGCUGCAGAACAUGUAUGGUCAGCACAGCAACAGCGGGUCCUGCUUCCACUGGGCCACGCACUCGCUCUCGGAUGGCACAAAAGUAAACGCAGCAUUCUGCGGCUACGAUUUCAUGACCUGUGCAUACUCUCCGCUGGGCAUCCUCGUCUCGCUCAUUACUGCUUGUGCACUUGCACUUUCGCUUGUCGUAUUGGGUAGGAAGAAGUUGAGCCCAAUGCCAGUCGUUGGAUCGUGCAGUGUCGCGAUUGCCGCUUCCUGUCAUACAGAUGCUGGCGAACGUGCGCCGUGGGGGAAGCGGUUGAAGUGGGGUGUAACGAAUGCAGAGAAAGAAAGAGCGGGCUAUGAAAUGGGUCACUGUGGGCUCUCGAGUGCGGAGGUUGAGAGCCCUGUUCCCGGGCGCUUCUACGCGUGA